UAUAUGAUGGUGACGUUUAUCUAAAAAUGUAAUUUGUAAUUACUAAAUAAUAUCAUGAACAUCUUUCGAAAUGUUGCGUUACUAAAUUUUGGCUACACAUUAUCGUGAUGUACUUAUUCAAAAGACAGAGACCUGAUUUAAAGGCAAUAUGCACUUUAGUACAAAAGUUCAGCAUAGCGAAGAAGUCGCAUUAUGAAGUUUUAAAUGUACGAAAGAACUGUACAGAAAAGGAGAUUAAAGAUGCAUUCAUUAAGCUUAGCAAAGAGUAUCAUCCAGACAAGAAUAAGAGUUCCCAAGCACAACAACAGUUUGUGGAGAUAGUUGAAGCUUACAAUGUCCUCAGCAAGCCCGGCAGUCGGUCCAGAUAUGAUUUAAAUAGCCACCAUACUAGUAACUCAAAUGUUUAUAAAACAUAUCCUUCUUAUGACUAUAAGUACAAAGCUUACAAUAAUCAAUUCUAUAAUAACUAUACAAAUAAUAAUUCAACCAAUCAGAAUCAGACAUCGGAUGCAUAUUAUGGACUGAAAGGAAUUCGGAAAGUACCAAAUGUAGUCAUCAUCAUGAUUUGUUUUGGUGUUGCCAUUGUCGGAUUAUUUUUACAAAUACUCGUUAUAAGCCGCUCUUACCACUUUCAUAGAAAAAGGAUAGAUGAGAAAUCUAUAAGGUUGGCUGAAGAGUUGGAAAAAGUGAGAGCAUCUGCUAGGGGAAAAACUAAUGAAAUGCAGACGCAGCAGAUUUUAGACAAAAUAGUUACAGCAGCGAACCCAUCAAUUGCGACCGCUUCACUUGGACAGGCAUUGGCUACUGAGAAAAAGUGAUUACAUCAUUUAAUUACAUAGAUAAAUUUAAAAUUAUAUGAAAUUAAUAUGUCUAACAUGAGAUAUAUGUAUAUAUUUUAUUGUGAAAAUAAUAGUAGUAGCAGAUAAAAUGUACUAUUUGAUGUUUCAAUGUAAAUAUGUUGAUAUCAGAGUAGAAUAUUUUUGAUAUACCUCAAUUUUGUGUAAUAUUCUUGACUGGGUAGUGACUAUAAAAGUUAUUAAAUAAUAUGACUUGUUUGAAUUUAAUUAGGAAAUAACUGAAAUGUAAUAAAUAGAUUAUUUAUUUA